AUGAGGCUCCUCACCUCAACCCUUGCACUCGUUCUCACCUUUGUCCUCGCCGAGGCCUCUCUCGCCCACGAGAAUCCCGCUGGCCUCGCUGCCCGUCACAACCGUCUGGCCCACCGUGACUCCGCGGUGGAAGCAAGGGCCCCCUCCGGCGCCAGGCGUUGCCCGAACAGAAACCAGAAACCGACAUCUGCCCCCGCCCCUAAUUUCGCUGCUGCCAAAAACCUUACCACCCCAUCAUCAACCAAGAAGCCUGCCAGCACUCCCGCUCCGCCCCCGCCCCCGCCCCCGCCUCCUCCUGCAGGUGUCAUCAAUGUCGUUUCCCACUGUGGUCCUAUUGGUGCUACUCAGCAAACAACUGCCCUUACUGGCCCCAAUGGAAAGAUUGACUGGUUGAUGUGUGGUUUCGAGUCUCCCGGUGGUUGGCAACCACCCUACGUUCGCGUUCAGGACCUCAUCACCCAUUCUCUCAGCUCCGCCCUCCAGAGUCCCAACAGCCCUUUCAAAGCUUGCGGUCCAUAUCUUUCCAUCUUUGAAAAGUACGCUCAGCAGUAUGGUAUUCCUUCCAUCAUCAUGGCCUCCUUCUCUAUGCAAGAAAGUGGCUGCAACCCCAACACCGUUGGUGGUGGUGGUGAACAGGGCAUGAUGCAGAUCACCACUGACAAGUGCGGUGGUGCUCCUGGUGGCAACUGCAAAGAUCCUGACUUCAACAUUCGCACCGCGACAAAGUUCUUCGCAGACACCUUAAAGGCCCACGGAGGAAACAUUCUUAGCAGUAUCGGUGCAUACAACGGUUUCUACGUUGGUUUGACCAAGGAAAAGGCCUUUGCCGCCCGUUGGUCUGCUUGCUGCCGUUGCCAGAACAACGGUGAUUACAUUCACCAAUUCGUUAAUGGCUGGCUUCAAAACAUCAACGCGUACGGUCCAAUCAAACUUGGCAAAUACUUCAACCUCGACGUUUGUCCUGCCCAUUAA